CGGACAGCACUUCCCGCAACUCUCCAAAAAAGUGGUUGAAUAUCUUGCUUUAGUUGGGCUAGCCACCAAGGGCCUAGUCGCCGUAGUGAUAAUCUUGUGACCUUGUCUUCCAGCUGUCUAGGGCGGCAAAGUUUUCAAUCUUUGGUCUGCAUUCGCAUGAGAAGCGAGAAGGCAUUGAAGAGUUCCGUCAUGAGCGAUAUUCCUCAAGGGUCUGAUUUGUAACAUUGUUAGAGGAACGGAUAAAGCAUUGAGAAGAACCCUGUGCUUGAGUGGACUCAUGAAUGGUGGAGAUGGAGCCUUAGUAAAUGGCGACCACCCUGCAUCAGAGGCUGCGGCGCUCCCAAAUUGUGUCAUGUCGAAGGAGAAGUUUCAGGGAACAGGUGGUGAAAAAGACCCUGGGCAGGUUAUGGUGCAUUCUUCUCAUGCAACCGUUGCGCAGGACUCCAAAGCCUCGUCGCAACGAGCAGCGUCUUCUGCUAGAAACAGUGACAACCGCCUCCCAUCAGUUGAAACUGCCCAUGCUCAUCGUCGUGCGGACCAGAGAAGAGAGCUUCGAGCAGAUCAGAUGGAAGUUGCGGGCCAGGCGCGGGGCCGAAAACGCAAGCAUAGUGGCGAAUCAGAGAAUGAGGGAGGGGCGACGAGCGAGCAGACGGCAAGUCGGGUUGAAGGAGCACACUCGACUGCCAAUAUCAAAGUGAUGGGGGCAGAGGAUGCUAGCGGGCCGGGCAGUUCCGACUCGGCUUCAUCAGAGUGCGGUGAUAAUUGCGAAGGUGCGGACGACGAAUCUUCUGAAACGGACGACGAGGAGACGGCAUCGGACAAGGAGAUGCUGGACGAUUGUCCACUGCCGGUUGAUUCCGCUCAGAACCAUCGUCUCGCGGACCAAGAAAGAGUGAUGGGAGCAAGUGCAAUGGAGAUUGCGGCUCGCGACUUGGUUGCAAAAGGCUAUGUGGUAUUCACGGCAAACACCAAGUGGAACUCCAAGAAGGGAAAAAAAUGCAUGGUUCCUCCACGAGAUUGGCCGGCAUCUACCUUAGCAAAUUGCCUGAUCAACCGCUACUUCCACCCCUCUGACAACACGCUGCUGAUCAACACGGCAGCGUCCGGAAUUGUCGUGCUCGACUUUGACGUCGGUGACAGGGGCAUGGAGCAGCUAGCAUUCUGGGAAACCGAGCACGGCGCGUUUGAUGCUCCCCGGGUGCGCACGGGCAGCGGGGGAGUGCACAUCUACUUCUCUCAUCAGAGAAGUCUCGAGUCGGGGCUGGGCGCGGAGACACCGACCCACUUUGCAAAGCUAGAGCUGAGAGUCGGAGAUCCGGAAUCUAGAAAGGCGGUUUUGAAGAAGGUGGGAGUCGACAUGAGGGGUGUUAGCUCAAACGGCAUGAUCGCAUGCCCCCCGUCGUCAUAUGAGCGACUCGGUGAGACGGCACGAUAUUUAGUCGUUGGAGGAGGCGAGCUCCCCCCAGCAAAAGAUUUGCCCCCUCUCCCGAAUUGGUUGAUCGAGAUUCUCAACGAGCGGGUGUCGAGGCGUUCUGGGCAACGCUCGAAAGGGCCACCCGAGCUUUCCAGUGCGCCCGUGCCUAGCGCGAGAGCCAAUGCGGAAUUUGAGGCGCCGGACCUAAUGGAUCUUGAGCUGCAGCAAGACGUGGUCAAGGCAAUGCGAGGCAUGCUCAGCAGUUUCGGCGACAACUCCUCUGUCUUCUCGAAGGCGGAGCCGAGCACGGCUGCCGGUUUUGGGGCCGUGAUGUACCACUGGCGAAAUGAUGUGGGAGGGCGGGUGUGUCCGUAUGCAGAGGAGGGGGCGCAGCCGCACAGCAGCAACAAUUUUGGUCUGCUCAGAAGAGGAACAGAGAUCACCUACGUAUGCCACAGCCAACGGUGCAAGACUGGCGACAGCAAGCGAAACAAAAAACUCGGGCGUCUUCGCUUCCCGGUGGCCGCAGCUUAUUCCGACGCUUCUCCGCUGAACAGCGAUCGCGAUCGAUUGUACGAGAGUCGAGAACUGCUCCCCCUCUGGUUUUUGCGACAGAACCUCUCGGUUUCGGCGGGUGAUGAAGGAGGGGCAUUGAUCAUCGACCGCUUGCAAACGUACACGGGUUUCAAGCUCGUUUUCUGCAACGAAAAGUGGUUUUAUUAUGACGGAUCGGUUUGGGGGGUGGACGUGAAUGGACGACUUGCGAGCCAAAUUUGCCGCGGAGAGCUCAACAAGAUUAGCAAGGCGUAUAAAAAGGAGACGGAGAAAGAAAAGGAGAAGAAAAAGGAGGCUGCGUCGGAUGCCGACGGCAAGAGUUCGCAAGCGGAGGAGGAGAAAAAGUCUACGAAGGAGAAGCUCGUGAACUUCAACUUCAACGCCAAGAUGAGCCAGAUCAUGACAACUCUGAAAGGGUAUUGCUUGGAGACGGCAUUUGAAGAGUCGUUGAAUACCAACAGAGAUGCGCUUCCUCUUCAAAACGGAGUCAUACUGCUUAAGAGCGGUAUCCUGGUGCCACACCAUCCGAAGUUUUUGUGGUCUUUCAAGCUCCCCGUCUGGUGGCCGUCGACUGGGCUUGCUACGCCGUUGGGCAGAACGGGAGAGUUUCUUCGUCAAAUCACGCACACUUCGGAGGCGCUUGCUUAUCUCCAGCGCAUUCUUGGAUACGGCAUCACGGGGCACACGUCCAACCAGGUCAUGUUGACGAUGAUCGGCGAGGGCGGAGCGGGAAAGAGCCUUUUGUUGGCUAUGCUGAAGCGAGUGAUCGGCCCGUUCUACAAGGACGUCUCGAAGGACAUGCUUGUGACGUCCAAGGGGCAACGGCCGCUCGGUAAAGGUGCUGCAAAUCCAGCGGAAGCAGGUUUACGAAACAUUCGUUUCGCUGUAUGCUCGGAGACGGAAGAUACGGAUGAGUUUUCAGAGGCCAACGUGAAGCGGUUGAUCGGAGAGGCCUUUAUCACGAGUAGAGCGCUCUACUCGGAUUACGUCACAUUUGCCACAACUCAGCUGCACAUUCUCUGCUCCAACUACCCUCCUCGAGUGAAGACCUGGACGAUAGCGCUCAAGCGACGCCUCUUGACGCUUGUAUUUCCAAUGCGCUUUUUCUAUCCGGACGAACCGGGCUACAACCCGGACAACCCAUUUCAUGGAAUCCGGGACCUCGCAUUGGAAGACAUCUUGAAGGCAGAGCCCGAGAAGCUAUUGGUAUUUCUGGUGCAAGGUGCCAAGGACUGGUACGCAAGUGGGAAGAAGCUUCUUGACAUGCCGGAGAGCAGCAAGGCGUACAUGCACUCCUGGGAGCAGGAAAACGAUCCGUUCGCGGCUUUCCUUCAGGAGGAAGGCAAAAUGAACAUCAAGGCUUUCGAGUCCACACGCAGUCUCAUGGACGCAUAUAACAACCCGGACAGGUUGGUCGACGGCGUGAGAUUCGGCGACAGCGACGUGCCACAGAUCCACAAUGAUCGGAAGUUCGCGGAUCCUUGCAAGAAGAAGGGGCUGGAGGGCCCGGACAAGCCAUCCAAGCUAAGAUUCGCCAACCCGGGGCACACAGUCCGGGGUUAUCGGGGAUUCCAGCUCAAUACGCCAACAAAAGAGAGUAUCGUAGAGAGAUAGCAUAUGUAUAGUCUCUCAUUGGAGUACGAGUCACGUUUCAAUAACUUCUGUAUAGCCUCGUUCAACGCCGUUAUCAAGCACUUGCUCCGCUGUGUAUAAGAUCAGAUUGACGUCUUGCGCCGAGUAUCUGACUUCUUUAUAUGGAGAUCUUAUCGCAGCGUCAAGAAAAGUCGUCAGAGAACCUAGAGUGGUUGUCUUUGACACCGGUUCCAUAGCACGUGCUAGAAUCAGCAACACCCCCCUUCUUAGAUCCGCACUUUUAAUCGAUCGAAUGUACAAUCCUCGUUCGAUCCACAUUUCGACAC